AGACGGAGGAGUUCAGGGACCUGGGGCCCAAGGUCCCGGCAGGGGUAGGUUGCAGUCGGGGGUCGGGUCGUGUCCGAGACCAGGCGUCUUCACAGGCUCGCCUGAUUUCUGCUCUGGUCCCGACGGUGUUCGAUUUUUCUCCAAUUUACGGGAGUUUUGCGGAAUGAACCAGUGCUCGCAGGUACCCCACUUUUCUUUAUGGGACGGAGCCGGAGUUCCUGUAUCGAGCAGUUCGACGACCGGCGGCCCUGUUGGAGCGAAGUUAGGCCCAGUCCGGGCCGGGUACCGCUGCUUUAUUAGAUUGCACGCCUCUUAAAUUGUACGCCCCGGGAGGCGGACCCUGUGGUUUAUGGGAAAGGUGUAUCUCCAUGAAUAACUUAAAUGACCCCCCAAAUUGGAAUAUCCGGCCUAAUUCCAGGGCUGAUGGGGGUGAUGGAAGCAGAUGGAAUUAUGCCCUGUUGGUUCCAAUGCUGGGAUUGGCUGCUUUUCGUUGGAUCUGGUCUAGAGAGUCCCAGAAAGAAAUAGAGAAAGAGAAGGAAGCCUGCCGGCAGAGAACGGCAGCCUUCCAGCGGGACCUCGAGGCCAGGUACCACGCCACGAUCUCAGAAAGUCGGCGUGCCGUGGCUCGGCUGUCCCUGGAACUCGAGAAGGAACAGAACAGGACAACUAGUUACCGAGAAGCCCUCAUCUCGCAGGGGCGCAAGAUGGUAGAAGAGAAGAAGCUUCUGGAACAGGAGCGGGCUCAGGUCCUGCAGGAAAAGAGACAGCCCUUGCGGAGUGCGUACCUGAGCUGCCUGGACAAGGAGGCCGACUGGCAGAGGAGGGCCAGGCUUCUACUGCGCGAGUUCGAGGAGGCGCUCGCGGAGAGACAGAGCAUCUACUGCAGCCUGGUUCUGCCUCGCGGUCGGCGCCUGGACAUAGAGAAGGGCCUGCUGGUGCGGGCGUCCACGGACCCCCUCGCCGUGGACCUAGAGAUGGCAGCUGGCCUGAGCGACAUAUUCAAGCACGACACGCACUGUGGAGGCGUCUGGAACACCAGCAAGCGCCAGAACGGGAGGCUCAUGUGGCUGUACCUCCAGUACUGGGAGCUGGUCGUCGAACUGAAAAAGUUCAAGCGAGUGGAGAAAGCCAUACUGGAGAAGUAGGACGGGCUGUGGCUUCUCCUCCUCUGCCCGCGCCGCCUGCGUGGCAGCCACGCGUGCACCCGGCCGCCUUUGGGCAGCAGCUUCCACUCCCGCCAGCCUGUGAGCAGCGAGCAAGGCCUCGGGAGCCAGGGUGUCCGCCUGCAUCCCCCGCAGGGGUCAGGGACCCCGCUUCUCGGAAGCGUUUUUGAGCUCUUGGUGUUUUGUUCAGCAGAACAGUAUAGCCUCAUAGCUUUAGGGUAAAGUCGUUUUUAAGAAUGUCGGAUACAGUAUUCGUCCUUAGUGUAGGUAACUUUGGGGUCUGUUUUUAUCACUCCCUGAAUAAAUUCUGUUUUCUCCUCA